AGCCUCACAGGGCUAUGCAAUAUGGGGUAAAUGCAGUACUUUUGGAUAUCACAUGGUGCUUACUGCUGAUGGAAGCAGCCAACCAGUCUGAACACACUUUAGUUCCCUUUUCCUCCAGCACUUCUUGCCUAAUAUCCUGUGGAGAGCAGUUACUGUUCAUGAUAAUGAAACCCACAAGUGUAUCUUGUGAGAAGCAAGAACUCUUCUGUGAGAAGCAGAACUCCUCUUUAGCAAAUAAACCAGGCUGUUAAGUUGAUACACCCGUGGAUUGUUGCAUUGAGGGAGCCAGUUUUUCUGCGUGUAACAAAACACUGGAGAGCUUUGGGAUAUCCAGAAUCACAAGCCACGUGUGAAGUUACUCAUGGAGAAAUUUGAGGAACUUUCCAGAGAGGAUGCAUCAAGCAACCGGCCCAGCAAAAUUCCAAGGCAAGAGAUCUGCACAGGAUUACAGACAAGGAAAGCAGCACUUGAGAAAUUUACAAAUAAGGGAUAUGCUGCGUUUUCUUCAGGACCCAGUACCCAUAAAUUUUUUCACCCUAAGCCUCCUCUGGCAGACAAGCCUUCAAGUGAUGAUAAAACAGAGAAAGAUCCAAACCCACCACAUUUGAACCCAGUGGCACAAAGGUUUGGUGUUCAUCUUCAGCCCACUAACAGAGGAAAUGAAACAACUGGAUGCACUAAAUUCUCUGUCAAAACAAGUGACCUGUCAAAAGAGGACCCAAAGCCUUUGAACCCAAAACCUGCAUGGAACAAGGUCCUUGCUCCUCCUGAUAAAGAAAAAAAUCCUCCGGGACCAAAACCAAAUUUUAAUUUUGCAUCACAGGCGAAUGAGGCAAAACCAGAAUUUUCAAAAGUAGCCGCAAUUAAGGAAAAAUUAAUGCCUGCAACACAAGAAAAUGAUCCUAAGCCUCUUGUUUCUAAACCACCUCUUGCACAGAAACCUUCUUUAAACAUGGAGGUAUCUCAGAAUGAAGACACUUCUAAUAAAAGUGGUUUUAUGCAAAGACAGUCAGGACCUAGAACAUACAUACACGCACUCCAAGAAGCAAAGGAAAUGGGUGAAAAUAGUAACUCUGCUGCAGAAGGUACAGGCAGUCAUUUUCCUAAAAUAGCUCUGAAGCCUACAGGCCACAGGUUCAACUUACCAAAAGAAGCCCCCAAAACUGUGGUGGAAAACACUGAAGAGAAGGGAAUGACUGCUGCCAAGAACACCUUCCUCAACAAAAUCAUCCAGGAAGAAUCAGGUUCUUCUCACAAAUUCCCUAAGAUGAAUACCGCAUUUGCUACAAGAAUACCAUCAGGUGAACCCCAAGAGAAAGAGGAUGGGGACCUGAGUUCUAGAAUGCCCAAGAGGAAAAUCUUGCCCUCAGUGUUCCAUCUGGGCCAUCCCCCAAAAAAGCCCAUCAGACCCACCACUGUGCACCUGGGAAUGUUCCAGAAAAGCUGCCAAGAAAAUAAUCCUAAAAAUGAAGAUUUGAAACAGAAAGCACCUUCUUCAGCAGUACUUGCCCCACCCCUACCUCCAUCACACUCUACUGGGCAGUUGCCACCUCCUCCACCAGCCUCUCAACCAUUCCUGCAGGUGCCAGCAGCUCCCAGUCUGCCUCCCAGAAACAUCAAGCCCAGCUCUGAAACAAUAAACCUAGAAAAUGAAGAAAAUUAUGAUGACGUUGAAUUUGUUUCACAGGGUCAUGGAUAUACACAGAAGGGCCAAGAAAGUGAUGCAGAGAUGUAUGAAGACAUUAAUGACAUCAGAUCACCAAGGGGAAAAGAGAAGAUGCGGGACAAAGAGGAUAAGAGGAGAAUGGACCAAGAGAAGAAAGAACAAAAGGAAAGAGAAAAGAAAGAGCAGGAAGUGAGGAAAAAGUUCAAAUUAACAGGUCCUAUUGAAGUCCUUCAUCAGGCUCGAGUUUGCGUUGACCACAAGGGACGGAAGAGUGAACUGACUGUCAAACAGGGGGAUAAGAUUGAAAUAAUUCGCCUCACAGACAAUCCAGAAGGAAAGUGGCUGGGCAGGAUAAAAGGAUGCUAUGGAUACAUUAAAACAACCAUGGUGGAGAUUGAUUAUGAUUCUUUAAAAAGAAAGCAAAAACCACCUAGCAGUGCUGCUAUGAAACAUAUAGAGAGUGACCAAGAAAUGUAUGAUGAUGUCGGAGAGCAGGACACUACUAGCAGUCAAAGUGGUGACCAAGGUGGAGAUGGAAACGUGGUCCAGCCUCCUCCUUCUGAUCAAGACAUUUAUGAUGAAAUUGAUGAUGAAGAUGAUGUAGCUAGCAUGUCUUCUUCACCAAAGCAGUCUGGAAAAGAUUAUCGAGACAAUGUUUAUGAUGACGUAGAUUCUUCAGACUUUCCUCCUCCACCACCUGAUCCCAGUUCUUCAAAAUCAGGAAGCUUUGGAAAACCUAAGUCAGAUGAAAAAGUACAAAAGCUCAAGAAGAUGGAAAAAGAAGAGAAAGAGUUCAGAAAAAAGUUCAAAUUUGAUGGUGAAAUAAAAGUUCUUUACUCUACAACCACAGUCCAGGAAUUGUCUCAGAAAAGAUGGGGAUAUAAAGACUUACAAAUUAAACCAGGGGAAUCUCUUGACAUUAUUGAAAGUACAGAUGAUACCAAGGUCCUCUGCAGGAAUGAAGAAGGAAAAUAUGGCUAUGUUCUGAGAAGCAAUUUAGUUCAGAAUGAUGGAGAGAUUUAUGAUGAUAUUGGUGACGAUUGCAUCUAUGAUAAUGACUCUGAUGCUGAAUUGUCUUGAAAUAACAGCUUCAUUGUAGAUCAAACUCUAGUUUGGAAUCCCACUUGUGAAAGCAUGAAGAGUCACGAAUGCUGUUUGUGCAAGUUAAUUGGCUGCUUUUUUAAAUGUACAAUUUACCUGGUCUUGGAUUUAAGCCUUUUGUCCUCCUGCUUUGUACAAUAUUUGUAUUCCCGUUUAUCUGAGCAUUUAAAAUUCAGGGAAUAUGAGCCAAAGUUAGGUUUAUAAUUUUUCACUUCCUUUCCACAUUUCUGACAGUCCAUGUAGGAAUCAAAAGAGGGCAUCAAAGAAGGCAAUACAUUACUGAUUUGCCAUUCCAACUGCAAUAAUGUUAGCAACACUGAAAUAUGCAGCUAUGUUCCAUGAUUGCAAAAGCCUCUUUUUCUUUGUUGUACUAAUGAUAGGAUAUCAGACUCUAAAAUUUAUCUGAAGUAUACUUUAGAGUAUAGCAUUCUACUUUAUGCUGUAGUGUUGCUCAAAAUAUACACAGGACAUUUCAGUUAAGAUUUAAUUUCUGUUUAGUUCAAAGUUGUCACUAUAGUAAUAUAGGUAUUAUAAGCUAUAAACUGAUGAUAAACUGUUUGGAAAUUACUUCUAGGCUAAAUGUAUAGGUCUGUUUACCAAUCUGCCUUGAUUAUGCCCCUUUUUUCAAAGUACUGUAGUUUAAUCCUAGUUUUGGCUAAGAAAGAGUACAAAAAUCAAACAUUUCCAUGCUUAUCCAUUGAAGAAAUAACAUUUAUUCCUAAAGUUAAUUUUUGAUGGUGUUGUCUGAAUGACCAAGUUGCAAAUAAAAGCAAAGUCAACAGGUAAUUUGUAAUAAUAAAAAUCACUUUACCCUUAUAUAUGGGAAAUCACUGGAAAUCAAAAGAUAUCUACAGUAAGAUCCCAGUAAAGAGGGUGAGCAUGUUGAAAAAAUGGAAUAUCUGUUGCCUUUGCUGCAGUGCAAGUUAAUCAAAAACCUGUAACAACCAAUGCAGCUGGGUCACUGUAAGGUGUAAGCAGCUCCUUUUGAUCAUAGAGUCUCCUAUAAUCCUGAAGGGAAGUCAAGUACAUUGUGCAACACGGGAAGUUUAGUUUAUAAACAUAAAAAGUGUUGGCUCUGUAAAGUCAGUGACUUUUGGUCUUAGCUUCAGUGGAACUGAGAUUCCAUCUUACAAAGGUGUCAUUUAUUGCUGCUUCAAAAUGCAGUAAAUCUCAAAGGACACAUCAUGCAAUGGGGAUAUAAAACAUAAAAUUAAGAAAUAGUAGCCUAUAAGCUAUUUUGUACUGUAUGUAAAAUCGCUGAUAGUAUACUGAAAAGCUAUAUGCAAACUUGACUUUCUCUUUCUAUUUGCUAUUUCUCUUAUCUAUUUGCUAUCAACCAGCAUCCAGGCAUCCAACACCAACUUUAUGUGUAAACAUCAGCAGCAGCACCCAAAUAUAAAACAUGACCAUGCAUAUAAAGUGCAAUGAAUAUGUCUGAGUCUUUGGCUGUCACUGCUAAUGUAUUAUUUAUUUUUCAGCGGUAUUCAAGAGGCUGUCUGCAUUAAAUUAGUGAUAUGCCAAAGAACCGAGCAUGCAAGCAACUACACAAUUACAUAGUUUCUCCAUGUUCUUAGUGUUAAUGUGUGUAGGCACUGCAAUUCUGUAUCAAUAAUACUGACUAAAUUGGUCAUAUGAUACCUUAAAUAAUAAAAAGAAUUAAAUAUACUUAUGGCUAAAACUCUGUGCAUUGCUUGUUCAAAUCAAAUAUAAUGUGAUUGCUGCAGGGUGUUCAAACAAACUUGUAAGGUAUUACUCAUUGAAAAAUUACUGGCAUUGUAUCUUUUAACUUUUACCAAUGCAGGAUGCUUUAUUUUACUUCUUCUGAAUAAAAGUAUUUCUUCUGAAUAAA